AUACAUAUAUGUGUGCAUCACGCACUUGUGACGGCAAACUAAAUAGGGAAAUAUUUUGUUUAAAAAAUGAAAUUUAUUACUUUGUGAAGUUAUGGUAUAUGGGGUUUGGUUAGAUACUCAGAACUAGUCUGUGUGUAUGUGUAUGUUAUAUUGUGACACGGCAGUGACACAGUACAGCAUUAUGAACUCCGUGGCCUCGAGAAGAGGACGGAGGAACUAGCGGGGACUGAAGCAUGAAUAAUCUUUAUUGUAUUGGAUAUCACAAGGAAUUUGGAUAUCCGUAAUAAAUAGCGAAGAUAAAGUGAUAACGGAUUAUUACAUAGAAAUUGCUCAGCUAAUGCAGAUGGUGUUCUAAAAGAGGAAGUUCGCUGGCAAUAGGAAAGGAGGAAAUACAUUGCAAGCAGAUUCGCAGGGAUUUGAUUCAAUGUUAUAUCAAAAUAUAAAGGACAAGUUUCCUGAGCGACGGAGUCGGGGAAAUAUUUAGUAAGAUAACAACAAUCUGUUUAGAAGAGAAAAUAUUCACUUGUAAGGAUUUUUAAUUUAAAAAAUGGAAAUUAAUACCUUCGAGGACUUAAAUUUCGAGUCUGGAACUUACUCUCUGCCGGAUAUAAAGCAAACUUUUCCUUUGCCUGUGGUGGUUGUCUGUGAUGCCUCUAAAAGCCCUGUUCCUGUGGAUAGAACCCGAUUUAACUUUGAUCUGAGACAGCCCUUACUGUUAUACAGAAGUAGAAACAUUAAGAAAAUCAGCGCUAGGAGUGUUCACAUUGACCCCUCCUCACGAGCAUUUCACGAUGUAGGCGAGCAGCUUCUUAUACCCGAGGAUUACAAAGGGUACUUUUCUUUGUUGAAGAAGAACUACAAUAACGGUCCCGUGGACGACUUUGUUCCUCACUAUCAAGAAGUAUCAGAAGUAGCGGGAACUAACACGGAGUCAUUCCUCAUCGGAGGGGAACGUCGCGUGCAGGCCUUGCAAAUCGUUCGACGGGAAAAUGGAAGCAUUAUCCACCAACAACGCACUCUAUUUCCAGGCGAUGUUUUGCGAAAAGGAAAGAUUUAUAUUGGUGAGAAAAGGCGGAAAAGUAAGAUCUUCCGAAAAACAAAAGUCGUGGCGGAAAAGUAUUUAUUGUGUACAGAUGACGCGGAUCGAGAAAUUCUUCUUCCAUUUGACCAGAAAGGACUAUUUUACACUUUAACGACAACAUCUGGGGAUGCCAAUCGACCAGUGAUGCAGAUGAGUGAAAUCGUUGACAAGAAAUGUUUCCCGUGUAUUGUCCGUCUUGUUUAUGGCCGUAUCCCUAACACACCUUGUUCCUUCACCGGAACACUUCGUCUGGAGCGAGCAGAUCUGGAGCAAUCAGUUGUGGCUGCAACGUUAGCCAACACCCGAAAUAUUCUCCUGGAAAUCCCCACCUCAUGUGACCUACAAUUCAAUGUUGCUAUGUCUAACGAUGAUCUAAUUCGCAUGCCGUCGUAUCACCAAGCUCUGGAAUUGUGCAACGAGAAAGGGUCGAUUUAUAUGAGAAAUAUCAAAGUCUGUUAUACAAUAUCCAGUGACUCUCACAAUGAACCCCCGCUUGAUUUGCCCCUGCUCGAUAAUAAUGCUGUCGAGCUUGAACCAGUAACACACCGUAGAAAGCUCUCUAUGCAACUUUCUACUGGAACCAACGCUUCGGAAGAUUUAAGCCAUGGUUCCGAAAAUAGAUCAUCCGGCUAUGUUGAGAUGCGAUCCGUCAAAAGUGGUUCAAUUACAGGGGACAGCUUUGAUGAAGAUCUCAGAAGUAGUUUCUCUCUAUUUUCAAAAGAGAUCAAUGACAAUGAUGAACAUCCUAUCCCUUGCGUCUGUACCAAUCAAUUCUCGAAUCCAUCCUACAUAGAAGGUACAAAUGAGCCACAUCCAGAACAACCAGUUCUUCAAAUUUUCUUGGGGAACAAAUGUUUAUCUGUUGAGAUGAAAGCUGACGAUAGUUCAACCGAGUCACUUGAGGAGCCUCCUGAAAGAAUUCAAAAAUCAAAUCAAGAACAAGCACCCAAACCUUGCCUUGGUUCGGGUGGUUCUUAUGACAGCGGUAUACAAAUGGAACCAGACAAACAAGGUGGAAGGCGUCCCUCUACUCAAGUUUUCUCUGAAGCAGUACAUCAUUAUGAGGAUAACAUUACAUAUGAUGUACCCCGCUUGCCUUCUAGACGGGUCAGUGCUCCACCUGGAUGCAGCACACUACCUUCUUCAGAAAGAAGUUCAGAUAAUGCAAAGGAGGCAUUUAAUCGCCGCCCCUCGACGUGGAUGAACUCAAAUCCUCGGCGCCCACCUCCCCCAUUACCAACUACGGAAGAAAUAAUCAAUGACCAGACGUCACCAAUAGUCGCAAUAGAGGAAUAUGAAUCUGAGGAAGAGACAGCAGAUCCCGUUUAUCAGAAUAUUGCAGGUUCUCAGACAAGCAUGGAUAACUUAUUCAGGCACCGGGAGGGAAGCCCGCGACUGACGCCUGCUAGUUCUCGAUGUUCUUCGACAAGAGAUUCGGGACAUCUCUCUGAUGACUGCAUUCCUGGGCGAUCAAGCCAUAACUUUGACCGGGGUCGACUAUCGCCGAGCAUUUUUCAGUCAUCUCCGAUCGGUGACAUUCCUGAUCUUCCCCGAAGUCGGAGUAAUUCUAUAAGUCCAGGUGCAGACGAUAGUCCGAAUUCGACUUUGCCGAUCCCUUCCCUCCCUAUUUCAAAAGAGUCAUCCAAAAAAUGCAAAUGUGACAGCCAUGCUCUUUCAAAUAGCAAUUCAAAGCCAACCCUUGAGGGGGAAAUGUUGUAUGAUUCCAAGGAAGAAAACAAUAAUCUAAAGACGUCGCUAGACACAGACCCAGAUAGAUCAGGGGAUACGCAGAUACACAUUGAAAACUUGACCGAAAUAUUGACAUUGACAGAGACUAAGGACCCUGAUGUGUUUUCUGAGACAUCUUCCAAUGACAAUUUUACCUCUAAAAAUAGAAAUUUAGAACAGUAUUCAUAUACAAGUGAAUCUAACACCAAAGAGAGACAAUGUUCUGUUUCGUCUUUGCAAAGCCUCGAUAUUUCAGACGAAAACUGUGAAGAUUCUGAGGAGAGUACUUCUGCACCGCGCCGACCACCCAAAAUCAGCAUAAACAAAAAGAAGUCUAGACAGUCAAAAGAUAUUUCUAAAAUGACAGUAGAGGAACUAGUGGUAGAAUUCCGACAUGUUGGAAUAAAGCCACCGACUAUAGACCUGGUUAUGAGGGAGAGAUUAGAUGGACUCACUUUGUUAGAAAAGUAUCGGGCGCAUGAAUCCGUCCGGGACUUUAUGCCGAGUGUAGGGCUAAUUGAUCUACAGAAAAUCUCGUUAUUUAUUCAAGGGUGUAAAUACUGAAAAAAAAUCUUAAAGACAAUUUAUACACAAACUUAAUGUUAUGCUUAAAAAUUAUGUAGAAUAAAUAAUAAAAUAUAUAUGUAAAUAGAAA